ACAGACAGACGGUGCUGGUUGGAUCCUUGUUCCUCAUGGAGAAAGACAUAAAGUGCUUGGCUGCUAAAAGAUUUGUUCGACUGUUAAGAUGUAGUCACCAACUAAAUGCAGGGUGACAAUACAAAGCAUUUGCCUAAAAAUAAAAAACAUGAGGAAAGGGCUCUUUUGUACUAUUCUUGGAUUACAAAGUAAUGUGUAAACUGUUGCAUAUUCUGAAAGACUAUUGCUGGCACUUGCAAUAUUUCCAGCAGGGAGUAAAAUUAUUACCGCAAAUCUCCUCUGCCCUCCGCCGUGUCCACAUGCUGCUCAUUUUAUUGUCUCGCCUCGCACUGAUUUCAGGUGAAAGUUACAUCAUUGCCAUCUGGAAAACAUUUUCACAAAGAAAGAAGAAAGAAGGGAUGUUCAGUCAGAAAACAAGUUUGAUCAUGUGGCAGUUCUGCUUGGCUUCCAUCCAGAUUUGAUUCCCUGGCUGGUUUCUUAACUCUAUGCUAAAAAAGAGAGCUUUAAAAGGUUCAAAGAGAGAAACAGAGAGAGGGAGAAAGUGAUUUAGGGAGUUGGGGAAGGCAAGCAUUUCCCGUAAUCACAUCAUGGAGGCGGCGUUGUCCUACUCUUCCUGUUUUCCCUGGUGUCUCAGACACAGUCCAGGUGACAUGAACAGUGAACGCAGUGGAUCUCCCCUGUCGUUGCAGACAGAGGGACAUCACUCUUCUUCGUCCAAGCCUCAAUCUCUCUGUGGGAUGUCUGAGGCAGACAUCACAGUGCUGCCAAUCGGACCUGCGUCUCUGGACCUGUCCAGGCAGGAGAACCGGACACUGACCAGACUAUACAGCCAGAACGGAGCCUAUCACCUGAGGAUUUUACCAGAUGGAACUGUGAGUGGUGGCAGGCAGGAAAAUGAACCCUAUGACAUACUGAGGCUGAAGGCUGUGAGCGUAGGAGUAGUGGUCAUCAAGGGCGAGAUGACAGGAAGGUACCUGGCCAUGAACAAAAAGGGACGCCUCUACGGAUCACAAGCACUUAAUGAUGAGUGUUACUUUCUGGAGAAGUAUGAAGAAAACCACUACAACACAUAUUUCUCCCAGAAGUACAACUGGUAUGUGGGGCUUAAGAAGAACGGCCAACCCAAAGCAGGACCAGACACCCACCAGGGUCAGAAGGCCAUCUUUUUCCUGCCAAGGCCUGCGGGCAACAUGUAAACCAAGACGGCACCAGGAACCGUGGACUUCACUGAAGUCUUUAAAUGCACAUUAAUAGUGCAAUUUUUACGCCGGUCAAAGUAUCACAUUUAAAGGCCACUUAGAAUCACUACAAUAGGGCGGUAUAGCCUGCGGCAAACACAUAGCGCUGUUUUUGCAGUUGAAGCUCUAUUUCAAUGUUAAUACCUUACAUGUUUCUUCAUUCCUCUUGUCAAUGCAAUGAAUAUGUGAUUCCAGCUCAUGUAAGCAGCUUAAACUGUAUAUGAUCAUCACAGGGAUGUAUCCAGACUGCUUUCUGCCUAUAGGCACAUAUAGACCCUCUCACUGCAGACAGAAAAUGUGCGCAUUAUCAGUGCAUGGCUGCCUUAAUAAAUGGCCGUUCACUUUGAACCCUAGUGUGAAAUACAACUGCUGGUAACAGGAACAGGCAACUUUUACACAGAAAUAGUUGUACAAUUGAUUACGUCUGGCACAAAAGAAACCAACCAGGCAGUAAACAUAAAAGAGCCAACCAUCUGGUGUCAAAUUCAAACUCAAGCAAACAAAGUCUACAGUGAAGGGAACUGUAGUAUUAUAAGUAUUUCAAUGCGUUGCUUACCAGUACUUCAGCAUUGUGGAGAUGUGCUGACUUUUGAAUGACUGAUGAUGUUAUCAAUAUGUAUUUUACACUGCUCAAGUCUGUUUGAUGCCUGUUUCUGUAAUUACUUGUGUUCUUUGUGGAAAGUUAGCAAUUUUAAGGACCAGUGUGUAGAAUGUAUGGCAUCUACGUGUGAGUUUGCAGAUUGCCACUUACUGAAUACCGUUCCCCUCACCCCUCCCUUUUCAAACCUGAUAUAGAAGUACAGUGGCCUUCAGGUGAUGUAAAAACACGAAAGGCCCUUUUUAGAGCCAGUGUUUGGUUCGUCCUUUCUGGGAUAUUGUAGAAACAUUAUGAUACAACAUGGCAUGCUCUGCAGGAAGAGGAUCCAAUUCAUUUCUCCGUAUAGAUAUGAAGGGCUCAUUCUAUGCUAACAAAACACAAUUAGUAGUUCCAGGUGAAUAUACACUAAUAAAAACAUAAAUAUGACCAACAUAUUCAAUUUAUGGCAAUAUAUUCCCCUAAAUCCUACACACUGGUCUCUUGAAGGGCCAUUUUAUGGAAGCAGACAGCUCUGAAAACAAAAAUUGAAACUCGUGAAAAACAGCACCCUUGUAGGGUUAGCCCGACAAAAGUGAAAAGAAAUUGUAUGAUUGUAUAAUUGUGUUGUAAUCAUGUGGCUAGGUCAAGUGACAGUCCUAGUUUCAGUAAUGUGGGGUUAUCAUUGACAUCUUGGUGAAACCUAAUGCUCAGUUGUGGAUUGUUUGAGGCAAUGAUGGACCAAAUAUUGACCAUUCUAUCCUGGACCACAACAUGUUUCCUUUCACUAAGCAAAAGGGCUCAGCUUCACAGCCCAACAGAUGUCUCUGUAAAUAUACUUUAGUCAAAAUACAUGUUACUGUAACGAUACAGGCUACUAGGAUAAAAUACUAUUGUAAAUAUUUAUUGUUGAAGUUUUGAAGUUUUGUUGCUGGUAAAAUUCAAUUUAGCUGAAAACUGCAAUGGAAAUUUUUUAAUAAGUUAUACAUACAUUGUGAAGGAGAAAAAACUAAUGUGAUCAUCUUUUUUCAAAGUAAUACAUAUUGUAUUGAGUGUACUUAAAUGUAUGAAACGCUGCAUUAUUAUCCAUAAAAAAUAAAUAGUAUGUUUGAUUCGCUGUAACAAUCAAUGUGGUUCUUCCUAAAACAUACACGUGAAUAAAAGUUUAUAACUGUA